GUAUUACUCCACACAACGGCUAUUUUCCAACGGUCGAAAAAUCCAAAAACCCCUUCCCUAAAUUGCACCCCUUCUUCUUCUCCUCCUUCACUGCCAUUUCAUCCUUCUCCGAUCGUUUCAUUCCACAGUCACAAAUCUCCACAUCAGAUUUCGAGUUCGUCUUCUUGAGAAAAGUUCAAAGAUGUUGCAGGAGAUGUGGAAUGGACCGCCGGGUUUCAGGCCCACCAAAUCCGCCCCUGUUUCACCGGCAAAGCCGCCGCCCAUCCCCAGAACCCAAUCCUUCCACGCCGCGUACAAAAUCCCGGUCGGCGACUCCCCUUACGUCCGAGCGAAGAACGUCCAACUUGUUGAGAAGGAUCCGGAGAAGGCGAUUCCCCUGUUCUGGGCAGCCAUCAAUGCCGGGGACAGAGUGGACAGUGCUCUGAAGGAUAUGGCGAUUGUGAUGAAGCAACAGAACAGGGCGGAAGAAGCGAUUGAAGCCAUUAAGUCUCUGAGGAAUCGGUGUUCUGAUCAAGCACAAGAGGCUCUUGACAACAUCUUGUUAGAUCUCUACAAGAGAUGCGGGAGAUUGGAUGAUCAGAUCGCACUCCUGAGGCACAAACUGUUCUUGAUCCAACAAGGGUUGGCCUUUAAUGGCAGGCGAACGAAGACGGCCAGAUCCCAAGGGAAGAAGUUUCAGGUUUCAGUGGAUCAAGAAGCUACCAGACUUCUGGGGAAUCUGGGUUGGGCGUUGAUGCAGAGAAACAACUACGUGGAAGCAGAAGACGCAUACAGAAAGGCGCUGACCAUAGCAGCAGACAACAACAAGAUGUGCAACCUCGGCAUCUGUCUGAUGAAACAGGGGCGGGUUUGCGAGGCGAAGGAGACGCUGCGGCGCGUGAAGCCCGCGGUGUCCGGCGGGCCCAGAGGCGUGGAUUCGCAUCUCAAGGCCUACGAGAGGGCGCAGCAGAUGCUCCAAGACUUGGAAUCCGAACUGAUCUCCAAGGUUGUCGGGUCGGGCAACAAUCUGGAAAGGCGACAGGUGUUCGAGUCUUUCUUGGGUUCUUCCGCGAUCUGGCAACCGCAUCCCUGUUCUUCGUCAUCGUCUUCCUCCUCGCCAUCGUUCACAGCAGAUCCAUUCCCCGAUGAGAAUCUCAUCAACGCCUCCUCCAACUCGCUGAAUGUCUCUGCCCCGCCGUUCUUUUCGUCUAAAUUCGCGAAAGAACAGCCUCAGCUUCAGCAGCCUCUGAAGAGAACGAGGUCCAUCAAUGGCGGAAUUCCAGACUGUGAGACCAAGAUGAGAAGGCAGACCGCUGUGGGUGCUGCGGAAAAGGAACCGGUGGUGCUGCCGGACAGCAAGGACUUCGAGGAUGCGAUAAUUGCGGCGGUUUUGGAAGGGAAAUCGCCAAAGUUUGAAUCUUGUACAAGAAAGAUUGACAAGAGGCUUAAGGUUUUCCAAGACAUCACUCUGUCACUGAGUCCAAAGGCCUGAUCUGCUAAUUAUCAACAUUUUAAGGGGUUUUUAUUUAUUUAUUUAUUUAUUUGCUUUUUCCAUCUUAGAAUUUCUAUAAUUAUUCUCUAGAGAAGAAGAAAUAGGGAGAUGAGCAGCUUGUUCUCCUCUACACUUUUUUUUUCAUUCUUUUACUUAUAAAGGGGUAAAAGGGUAGUAUUGUCAUGUGGUGUGUGUUAUUUAGUGAGAGAGCAUUCUUUCUUACUAAAAAAAUUCAAUAACAAGGAAGAAAUUGUUUUCUUUAGU